UUGUGGUCCACAGCGCAACCCUGAAAAUUACGAGGCAGCGGUCAGACAGCUCCAAGAAGAAGACAUCCAAGAAGUCAAAGGAAUCAAGAAAUGGCAUUCCUACAAGAUGCCAUCCAUGAGGUCCUACCCGACUUACCUGAUACAGCCAGAGACACGUUGGUGGAAACUCUACAGUCACUGGGCGUAGAGACAUCUUCUGACUUGCAGUUUGUAACGGAGGCCGAUUUACUGCCAGUGUUGCGACCUAUUCAAGUUCGUAAAGCAGUGGCUGCUUGGACUGCUAAAUGCCCUAUCCAGGAUGGUACCAAUUCAUCUCGUUCCUCAGAAUCACCAGGAACUACUUCAUCUUCUAUGACUGCUCUCCUCUCACCAACAACCUCCUCAAGCUCUUCCACCAUCAGUCAAAGCCCGGUUAUUGACUGGGCCGAUACUUUUGCUGUCCCGUGGAACAAGUUUCCAGAAGAACUGACCCAGGCAUUGGAGAGAGGGAAGCGUCCAACUCCACGGCUGCGGAGGGAGAUGGUGAGGAUAGUUGUGCGUGAAAUGAUUCAGAAAUCAGCACAAGUAAAUAAAAGGCACACCACUGUAGUGGCCAAAAAAAUGGUUGCGAAAUACCCCAAGUCACUGCAGGAUGUCAUUGAAGGGGACGUAAUUGGGGCAGGGUACCACUCCCUCGUAAAACAGCUGCAAAAUAGACUUGAAAACGCAAAGCGAUCCUCAACACCAAAGACAAGGAAAAGAAAACAGUGCACAGAGUCUGACACAGACGAAAUACCUGUUGAGAAAAGGGCAGCAAUUCAGGAUACCUACGGCUGCGUCAAAUGGGAACUGAAGUUCCUGCCACUUGGGGAGACCACAGAGAGCCAACAGCAGAGCCAAGAGGAACUCAAACGCCUGUCCAAAGAAAAUGCCCCAAACCAGGAUGUGGUGAAAAAACUUACCAGAUCGACAUUCUACACCCAACGCAAAGAAGUAAACAAUGGAAAGGAAAUCAAACACUUCUUGGCAGACUGGCCAUUUUUAUUUGAUGACGUGGGCAUGGCUGUUCAUUUCGAAGAGUUGACCGGGGUUAGCCCCAAAGAGACAUUUUUAAGGAAUUUGGACCUCAAGGGGGAAAGACUUCUUCAUUACUUGAAAACGGUCGCUGUGAACAAGUCCAAGGCCCUACUCCAAGCUUUUACCAAGAUUCAGCUGAUGGUGAGAGAGCACACAGGCCCCUCAGACAAAGUGUUGGAGAUGGUGCUGCUUCUGUUGUCUUACUUCAACGAAAAGGAAGAGUCAAUGUUCACAUACGUGGAGGACACUUGCCUGGCAGAUGAGGUGCAGAUGGACCAACUUCCCUUGACGCCAAACAUUGUUGUCUGUGGACAAUCCUGCUACUCGGCAAAGAGAUGGAUGUUGAGUGUGGACCGUAUUAUCGUCCAGCCCAGUAUCCACUCAUUCCUAACUGCGCUGUGGUUGAUGUUUGGCAGUUUCUUCGUGUUCAACAUUCACUACCCAGCAUCCCUUGCAUCCACACUGGAGUUCCUACAGAGGUGUUUCUUUUCCAUCAACCCGGAGAGGGGCACAAAGGUGGAGAAGACCAGCACAACACGAUUGCAUGUGAACCCCAGAGUUCUCACCCUCAUUCAAGACCUCUCUGAUCAUGAAUGGUGCUCACAGUAAGAUUGAUUAGUGAUUCUCAUCCCGCACCCCCCCCCCCAUCACACAUACAACUAUUCAUACACACACUGAAAAGUAGAGCUACUCACUCACAAAGCCACCCCCACACUCACACAUAUUCAUACGCGCACUGAAAAUGAGAGCUUCGAACCCACUUACCACCCACCCCCCAACGUACAUACCCAUGUUCACAUUCAUACACCUUU